AUGGUGAAGGCCGAGCUGUUGGAGUUGGUCGCGCGCAACCGGGGUAAGCCGGUCUAUUCGUCGCAGUUGAUCACUACAAAGUACGGUCACAUUCUGUAUUUCACGCCGCCUUACCAUCAUGAGCUCCAGCCGAUCGAGCUCGUUUGGGGGAUGGUGAAGAACCGCGCGGCACUGCGUCCAUCGAAGAACGCCGCGGAGCUCGAGGAAUGUCUAUGGACGUUGUUUGGAGAGGUGAACAGUCAUGACUGGGUGUCGUUCUACCGCAAGGCGCAGAACUACGAGGAUAGAUACGAGGCACUUGAUGAAGACGUUUCCUUGUCUCGAGCUUAUUACGAGUACUGCAAUGAAUGUGCUCAAGUUGCCGUGUCGCUUGGUACAAAGAUUGGCAUCCGACCGAUUGGAACGUGUAUCGAAGCGAAGGCGAAGAGCUUUGCCGCUAUGAUGCACUUUGGAAAGGAUGUGGCGUUGAUUACGAACGCUGAUUGGGCUCAGUAUUUUCAGUACGCUCUGAACUACCAUGGCCCUGAUUUUGGCGACUUGGAGGCCAAGAUCCGCACGACGGUUGUCAUGGAUGACAAGGAAUUGGACCCAGACAAGUGUUUUGACAAGUGGAUGCACUCGUAUUGGGCACUGCUGGACAAGAACAACAUGAUGUCUUUCCACGUCAAGCAUCCUAAGAACGCCGUGAAAGCGUUAAUUGAAGGAAUUCGGCCGCCAGCAUUGAAGGCCGUGGUCAAAAACCACUUGGAGUUGGAUCACAAGCAUCUCCGCAACCCUGUGUUGCAGUUUAUGGAGUUUGUCAAGAUCCCCAACGAGCUUCGAUUUGAGCGAGCUCUCUGUCUAAGACAACGAUAUAUCGGCCAUUUGUCGCGCUCUGAAGGCAAGGAAGGCUCAGCUCGAUACUGA